AUGUUCGGUGCCUUUAGAAGAACGUCUCCCCUCUCUGGAGGUUUGCUCUGGAAAAUACCCUGGCGUCUCUCCGUCCCCCAAAAGCGCCGUCAACGCAAACGCCUCCGUCUUGUCGACAAUGUAAUAACAAUUGUUGAUGAUGCCCUCAGGAAACAGAACAUGGGGUCUACAACAAAGCUGGAGAGGUGGAAAGAGGAGAUGCCGACGGAGGCGGAGAUGAGACCAAAGGAUAAAUAUACAAUGUUUGAUCGGAAGGAGAAGCGGUAUCGGAAGGGGAUUCACAAGCUGCCAAAGUGGACGAGGGUCAGUCAGAGGAUAAAUCCACCGGGCUUUUGA